CGAAAAAUUGCUAAAACGAUCAAUCACUGGGGAUAUAUCACGCUGCACUGAGCCGCAAAAUACAUUUUCUAUCGCUGGUGGUGUUUGAGACAGGGAAUACGAAACCUUUUUAAAAUCGCCUGCUGAAUGAAGUCAUAUGCAACCAGUGGUACUCCAGAGACAGCUAUAUUGUAAGAAUUUGAUAAAAAUAAAAAUUGUAUUGUUUGUUCCUUUACCGACAUCUUAACAAUGCACAAAAUGCAUGUGUCCGGCAUUUUACUGAGCAUGGUUGAGAGCGGUGAAAUUCCUUUAACACACAUUCAACUCCAUCGUCCAUUUUCACCUUUCGACGUUGAUUGCUCUUUCAGCCAUGGCGGGCCCAGGAGACCCAUUUGAUAUGAUUGCACACGGAAACGUAGAAUUCAGCCAAGAAUUUUUCAGAGUUUUGAAUCUGGCCGAAACUGGAAACGUAGUUGCUUCGCCCUUAUGUUGUCUGAUCUCUUUGGCCAUGAUUUGCACUGGGGCGAAAGGCAAGUCUAAAAAUAAGAUUGCUGAGGAAUUGCGUCUUCCAGAAGACUUUAAGCUUGCUUUAAAAGGACUGAGAAAAAUGAUCAAGCUGCUCAAGAAGGCCCAAAAAAUGAAGCUGUUAGUUGCCAACAGGAUUUACAUCAAGGACGGUACUUCAGUUUCAAAAACAUUCACUUCAAUUACAAAAAAGUACUUUGAAGAUAAACUUGAGAGAAUUGCGUUUACUGGCCCUUCAACCGCCGACAACAUUAAUAACUGGGUCUCCAAGAGGACCACAAAACAGAUCCAAAACCUUGUUGAUUCCAAUUCCUUUGACGAUUCAACACGCAUGUUUGUGGUCAACGCUAUCCACUUCAAGGGCGUGUGGCUGAAGCCCUUCAAGAUGGAAAAUACUCACAUCCUACCCUUCUUCACCGACGAAACCAACAGCAUCAAAGUCCCGUUCAUGCACCAAAAGGAACGUUUUCUUUACAAAAAAAUUGAUGAGCUGGACGCCCAAAUGCUGAUCUUAUCCUACAAAGGUCUUAAGGUGAGCAUGGCAAUACUUUUGCCAAACACGAAUGAAGGCCUCAAUGAAAUGAUGGAAAAGUUGGCCUCGGUAAAUCUGCGUCCUAUUUUGUUAUCAGGCAAUAUUACAGCAGUGGAAGUUUUUCUGCCAAAGUUUGAGAUCGAGACUACUUUGGACAUCAUCAAUGUUGUAUCAAGAAUGGGACUUGGCCAUAUCUUCUCUGAAAAUGUGGACUUGUCAGGAAUCAGCUCUGCUGAAGGCUUGAAAAGGUAUCCAAAUUCGUACAAAAGGUGCGUGUGGAGGUCAGUGAAGAUGGCGUUAAAGAUAAUGCAACUCAUUCAGCAGAUUUUCUGGACCCUGAGAAAGCAGACAGUGGCCUAGUUUUUAAAUGUGACCACCCGUUUUUAUUUUUCCUAAUUUUCAAAUUCAAUCAUAUUUUGAUUGGGGGCCAAGUCACAAAACCACCCAAGCAACACAUUUUUUAAUACACAUUAAAUCGC